CGUUGGAGUCGGCGUCUGCGGAGCGAUGGUGAUGUUUCUCUGAGAUGAAAUACAUAAAACCUUUUAUUUCAGAAAUCCCAGGGAAUUUUAACUGGAACUACUCUGCAAUGUCUGUAUUUGAAAAGGAAAGUGAGGACAAACAAAAUGGAGAACAAGAGAGAUAUCUGCAAGCCAACAACAGAGAAUUUAACAGUCUGUUUGGAUAUCCGAACAAUAGAAUCAAGACCUCAAAAUAUAAUGCCUUUAACUUCUUGCCUAUGAACCUGUUUGAACAGUUCCAGAGACUUGCAAAUGCAUAUUUCCUCUUUUUGCUUUUCCUACAGUUGAUUCCCCAGAUCUCCUCCUUGGCAUGGUACACGACUGUGGUACCCCUGAUGGUGGUGCUGUCCAUAACAGCAGUGAAAGAUGCCAUCGACGACGUGAAAAGGCACCAAAACGACAAUCAAGUCAACAGUCGUUCUGUUCUGGUGCUGAUGGAUGGCAGGAUAGUGACAGACAAAUGGAUGAAUGUCCAAGUGGGAGACAUAAUAAAACUAGAAAAUAAUCAGGUUGUCACGGCUGAUAUACUAUUACUCUCUAGCAGUGAGCCCUACAGUCUGACAUAUAUAGAAACAGCAGAACUGGACGGUGAAACCAACUUGAAAGUGAAGCAAGCCAUCUCAGUUACCAGUGAGAUGGAAGAUAACCUAAAGCUGCUGUCUGCCUUUGAUGGAGAAGUGAGGUGUGAGUCUCCCAAUAACAGGUUGGACAGAUUCACAGGAAUACUGAUUUAUAAAGGAAAAAAUUACAUCCUGGAUCAUGACAGGCUGAUUCUCCGAGGCUGCAUCAUCAGGAAUACAGAUUGGUGCUAUGGCUUGGUAAUUUUUACUGGACCAGACACCAAAUUAAUGCAGAACAGUGGAAAGUCCACUUUUAAACGGACACACAUAGACCAUCUCAUGAAUGUCCUUGUGCUCUGGAUUUUCCUGUUUUUAGGCAGCAUGUGUUUUGUCCUAGCAGUUGGUCAUUGCAUUUGGGAAAACAAGAAAGGCUACUACUUCCAGGAUUUUCUGCCAUGGAAAGAAUAUGUCUCUUCAUCAGCUGUCUCUGCCGUCCUUAUAUUCUGGUCCUACUUCAUUAUUCUCAACACCGUGGUGCCUAUUUCCCUCUACGUCAGUGUUGAGAUAAUAAGAUUGGGCAACAGUUUCUAUAUCAACUGGGAUCGGAGGAUGUUUUAUGAACUAAAGAACACACCAGCACGGGCUUGUACCACCACCCUUAAUGAGGAGCUCGGCCAGGUCAAAUACGUGUUCUCCGACAAAACAGGGACCCUGACUCAGAACAUCAUGAUUUUCAACAAGUGUUCUAUUAAUGGGAAAUGCUAUGGUGUUGUCUAUGACAAGAAUGGACAGAGGGUAGAAGUCUCGGAGAAAACAGAAAAGGUCGACUUCUCCUACAACAAACUGGCUGAUCCUAAGUUUUCAUUUUAUGACAAGACUUUGGUGGAAGCAGUGAAAAGGGGAGAUCGCUGGGUACACUUGUUUUUCCUGUCACUCUCAUUGUGUCAUACCGUAAUACCAGAAGAGAAAGUAGAAGGUGAGCUGACUUACCAGGCUCAGUCCCCAGAUGAAGGUGCCCUGGUCACUGCUGCCAGGAACUUUGGCUUUGUGUUCCGUUCCCGCACGUCUGAUUCAGUCAUGGUAGUCGAAAUGGGGGAAACCAGAAUCUACCAACUACUGGCUAUUUUGGACUUCAACAAUGUACGCAAGAGGAUGUCUGUUAUUGUGAGGACACCUGAAGAUCGCGUAAUGUUAUUCUGCAAGGGUGCAGACACGAUCCUCUGUCAGCUGCUUCAUCCAUCCUGUAGAUCCCUCAGAGACGUGACCAUGGAACAUUUAGAUGAUUUUGCCAGUGACGGCCUUCGCACCCUCAUGGUGGCCUACCGAGAACUGGACAAUGCAUUCUUCCAGGACUGGAGCAGCAAGCACAGUGAAGCCUGUCUGUCUUUGGAGAAUCGGGGAGAUAAAAUAUCAAUGGGCUAUGAAGAGAUCGAAAAAGACCUGAUGCUGUUAGGGGCCACAGCCAUAGACGACAAGCUGCAGGAUGGAGUACCUGAGACGAUCAUCACCCUGAACAAAGCCAAAAUUAAAAUCUGGGUUUUAACUGGAGAUAAGCAAGAGACUGCUGUGAACAUUGCCUACGCCUGUAACAUAUUUGAGGAUGAAAUGGAUGGGAUGUUUAUCGUGGAAGGCAAGGAUGAUGAGACAGUUCGGCGAGAACUCAGGUCAGCAAGGGAAAAGAUGAAACCUGAGUCUCUACUGGAAUCAGACCCAGUAAACAGUUACCUCACCACAAAUCCCCGAAUGCCCUUCAAAAUACCCGAGGAGAUGCCCAAUGGCAACUACGGCUUGAUCAUCAAUGGCUACAGUCUGGCCCACGCUCUAGAAGGGAACCUGGAGUUGGAACUGCUGCGAACGGCGUGCAUGUGCAAGGGAGUGAUCUGCUGCCGGAUGACACCCCUUCAGAAGGCCCAGGUGGUAGAGCUGGUGAAGAGGUACAAGAAGGCGGUGACACUGGCCAUCGGGGAUGGGGCCAAUGACGUCAGCAUGAUCAAAGCUGCCCACAUUGGAGUCGGCAUCAGUGGCCAGGAGGGAAUGCAGGCCAUGCUCAACAGCGACUACGCCUUCUCCCAGUUCCGCUAUCUUCAGCGUCUACUCUUGGUCCAUGGCCGCUGGUCCUAUAAUCGCAUGUGCAAGUUUCUCAGCUACUUCUUUUACAAAAACUUUGCCUUCACUCUGGUGCACUUCUGGUAUGCCUUCUACAGCGGGUUCUCUGCACAGACAGUUUAUGAUACCUGGUUUAUCACUUUCUACAACCUGGUCUACACCUCCCUCCCUGUCCUGGGCUUGAGUCUGUUUGACCAGGAUGUGAAUGAAACAUGGAGCCUGCGUUUCCCAGAGCUGUAUGAGCCAGGCCAGUGCAACCUCUAUUUCAACAAGAAGGAAUUUGUGAAGUGUUUAAUGCAUGGGAUCUACAGUUCCUUAGUGCUGUUCUUUAUCCCUAUGGGGACCGUUUACAAUUCAGUGCGCAAUGAUGGGAAGGAAAUCUCCGACUACCAGUCCUUCUCCGUGAUAGUGCAGACCUCCUUGCUCUGUGUGGUCACAAUGCAGAUUGCCCUGGAGACAACCUACUGGACAAUGAUAAGCCACAUCUUCACCUGGGGUAGCCUGGGUUUCUACUUUUGCAUCUUAUUCUUCCUGUACAGUGAUGGCUUGUGCCUAAUGUUCCCCAACAUCUUCCAGUUCCUAGGUGUGGCCAGGAACACUCUGAACCUACCGCAAAUGUGGCUGAGUAUUGUCCUCAGCGUGGUCCUCUGUAUGUUGCCUGUGAUUGGGUACCAAUUUCUCAAACCACUAUUCUGGCCCGUCAGUGUGGACAAGAUUAUUGACAGAAUUCAUCAUUGCAUGAGACAUCCACUGCCACACCCAAUCCGGACCAAACUGAAACAUGCAAGCUCUCGACGUUCUGCCUAUGCGUUCUCCCACAAACAGGGCUUUGGGGCCCUCAUCACUUCCGGCAAGACAAUGAGGGCCAAAAUGCCCAAGAAAAACAGCUUUCCUUUCAAAAAGUAGAGGCCUUUACGGAAGCCCUAAAGGAGUCAGUCAUUGCUCUUCCUCCCUUGUAUUCACACAACUUAAUAAGGAGAGAUUAGAGUCCCUGGAAACCAGCAUAAACCUGUUCUUCCACUCUCACUCCAGGGGCUCAGCUUCUUCAUUCCCUAGAAGGCUAUGCCCAGGUAAGACAAGGAAAGGUAAAGGCCCCCCCCACACACACAUCUGUCAGAGUUACAGCAUUUCAAGAAAAAGCGAUGUCAGGCCUCCCUCUACCAACCCUUCCAAGUUUUAAUCCAUACAAGCAAAUGUGGAAAUAAUGGGUGAAGAGGGGGAAUGUGGGGUAGGGAAAAGAAAAUAGGACCUAAGAAUCUUAGUUUGGGCCCUAUUUCCCACAUCCAGAGCAACCAUAAAUUUUGCCAGGGCUCCCUACAAACAUAUUUACCCAGGCACCCUUCUCAGGUUUAUCUGAGGGAUUCAGGGCCUGGGUAGCAAAAGGAAGAGGCAGCUAUGAAAAGUUGGUCAUAAGAAGCUAAAGGAGAGUUUCUGGACCAAAAAAAGAAUGGAGGUGGUUCCUGCCUUGAUAGGACAGCUCAAGAUUUUGCCACCUUCUCUUCUCUUUGACCCCUUUGACCCAAGAACUGAUACCUUUUCAGGCCUCAGAACUGGGAGGGGGAGACUGCAGGGGAUUUUAAAAAAUCUUUUCUUGAGGGACAAUAAGCCAUAAUUGGUGAACAUUUGUCUUCAUUCCAUAAAAUUAUUUUGAGAAGAAACUGUAUGUACUUGGGAAAUUGCUUCUAACAAGUUUAUAGAUAAGUAAUAAAUUGCUGAUUUUGGAGUAGAGAGAUUUGUAUUGUCUGUUGGAGCCCCAGUGAUAAUAACUUAGGCCAAGCAAUAUCAUUGGUCCAUAGACCCCUUUUGAACGAGACCAGUAUUUCCCUCCCCACCCCCAACUACGUUUUCACUUCCAUUCCAGUUUUUCCCCCUGCUGCUAAACUCUAUCUUGGCCUCAGUAUGACCACAUCUUUUAACCAUAUAGCUCUUUGCACACCUUAAAUAUUAGUUUCCAAAGCUCAGGCCUAGGUUCUCUGCUCAUUUUUCUUUGUACACUUUUCCUGAGUGACGACUUCUAAUGUCAUGACUUUAUUUACCAAUAGAAAGAAGAUUCUCAACUCUCUCUCUAUCCUAGAUCUCUCUUCUGAGAUACAGAUCCAUUUAUUAAACUGACUCUAAGACCCUUCACUUAGUUGAAUCUCAGGAAACUCACCAACCUGUAUUAAACAUUUUCCCCCAAAAUUGCACCCCAGGAUGUCACUACCAUCAUCCCAUUCACCCAAAGCAGAAUGAUGGGAAUCAUACAAUACUCCUCCUAUAUAGUCUGAUGUCUAAUAAGUCAUCAAGUAAUGUAAAUUCAGCAUCUUCAUCAUGUCUUGUUUUCAGUUCCCUCCAUUAUUACUACCAUUGUCCUCGUUUAGACUUUGAUCAUCUCUGACCUGGAUUACUGCAUAAAAUCUCCCCUCUCAUCUUCCUGGUUUUCUCCUAUCUAAAGUAUCACCAGUACCAUUUCCAGAGCUAUCUUUCUGAACUGCAAACUUGAUCAUGUCAAGCCCCAGCUUAGCAUCCUUUAAGAAUUUUGCACGCCUUCAGGAUCAAGGUAAAAUUUGAACAUAUUAUUAUUAGGCCCUCUCUAGUCUUGUCUUCUACUUCUCCCCCAUCUGCAUUCACUCCAGUCAUGCUAUUUCUGGUCUUCAUGUGGUCAAGCAUGCUGUUCUCAUAUCCUAAAAUGCUUUCCCUCACCCCCUUCUUCAUCAAGCAAAUUCCUAGUCACCCUUCAAAACUCGGAAUAUUUGGAACUAAGUAGAGGUGAUGGUUGAACAACAUUGUGAAUGUACUAAGUGCCCAUGAAUCGUAUACUUAAAAAGGGUUAUGAGAAUGUUUUAUGUUAUGAGAAUUUUACCUCAAUUUUUAAAAAA